AUGGGUCCACAGCAGCCACCUAAAGGAGCUCAACUCGUGUGGCAAUUCUGCGAUGGUUGUGGUAAUAAUUUUUCAAUGUAUUCCUUGUCCAACAUGUUGGGAUUAAAUAAUUAUUUAUUGAUCUAUGAUGCCAUAUCACCGAUGGAGAGUUGUUCUGGAACUUAUUCGGGUGGAACUUCCUAUCAAAAACAACUCUCUCCAAAUGAAUUCCAAAUUCUUGAUGAUGCUUUUGAAGAGAUGAGAAAGAACACACACGAUCAUUGUAAUGGCAGAUUUAAGGGCACUGGAGUAUUCAUAAAAGGUCAAAUCAAGUUCAUGAUGAGAAUGGGAGCCUUUACUCAGUUUGAGACAUUAAUUAGGACUCAUAACAUUGAUUCUCCUCACCAUGUGAAUGACUACUAG